UAAACAGCCCCGACGAGGGCUUCGUCCCUCCCCUCCAGGUUAACUGACAACGCCAGCGCCAUAGCAGCACACACCAGCGUCUUCGACCCCUCAAUUGUCCUGCUAAAACUGACAACAGAAGAUAAAAUUCCACCUGCGGGUUUGGAAUAAACACAUUCGCGAAAAUGCCCACAAUAAAGUUACAGAGCUCUGAUGGGGAAAUCUUCGAAGUGGAUGUGGAAAUUGCCAAGCAAUCAGUCACCAUCAAAACCAUGUUAGAAGAUUUGGGGAUGGACGACGAAGGAGACGACGACCCUGUGCCGCUCCCAAAUGUCAAUGCAGCCAUUCUGAAGAAGGUGAUCCAGUGGUGCACCCACCACAAGGACGACCCCCCUCCCCCCGAGGACGACGAGAACAAGGAGAAAAGGACGGACGACAUCCCCGUCUGGGAUCAGGAGUUCCUCAAAGUGGACCAAGGGACCCUGUUCGAACUUAUUCUGGCGGCCAAUUACUUGGACAUCAAGGGUCUGCUGGACGUGACGUGCAAGACAGUGGCCAACAUGAUCAAAGGCAAAACACCCGAGGAGAUCCGCAAGACCUUCAACAUCAAGAACGACUUCACAGAGGAGGAAGAGGCCCAGGUGCGCAAAGAGAACCAGUGGUGCGAAGAGAAGUAGUGCAUUUUGCCGCCAACACACACCACCGCAAAUAUAAAUGUGUCCGCUUUAUUGCUUGCACUGGUCUUGUUCAUACUUUGUUAAUAUUGACUCUAUAGCUUACUUCCAUACAGUUCAGUACACCUCACCCCAGUCCCUCUGCCUCCUCCUCCAAUCUAUGUACAAAACUAGCAUGACAUUUUUAACACGUGUCAUUAUUUAAAUAACUCGCCCACAUCCCUUUCUUUCCGUGCGUUGUCGUCUCAAAAGUUUUUUGAUGACUUUUCCCCUGUGUUGGUAUCGAUAUAUAUUUUUUUUUUUACUAGACAUUUGUUGUCUGUUAGGUUGAUUGUUAAAUGAAAGGCUUGGGAAAGGGAGAUGGUCGAUUUUUAAGUGGGUUUCAACAUGUAACACCUGUGAUGGAAGGAGGGAUUAAAAAGUUUCAAAAAGGAA